AAACGAUUGAGCGAAGAAUGCCGACGCCCGUCUCAAAAUAUGGCCUAGGUUGCAUCUCAGUUCCCCCUUUGCUUAUCGCUGACCGUCGCACAGAGCUUCGCUCUGUUGGAAUAAAUUCUUGCCCGCCUUGCUUGCAGUACGCAUACAUGCAUGCCUGGUCGACGGAAUACCUUCGUUCGCUCCGGCUUAGGAGGGACGUGAGGGUAUGUUUAUCUUGAAGGCUGUUGAUCGCAUCAGAACCACCCCAACCCCCCUCCCCCCCCAACGAAAACAGGACAAAAACACCACAAUCUUGAUCCUCCUUAAACCGGUGCGUGUGUGGUCGAUAGGAACAAAUAUAGUGCAAGUCGUAAGAAGGAAACCCGAGCAUCCCCCUCUCCACUACCCCUCCCCCCCGCCCAUUCCAAGGACAAACGUUUCGCAUAAGACAGGCUGAAUGCAUCAAACUUAGCAGUAACCACCUCCACCCUCCUCCCCUCUCUCAUCCAUUUGGCGUUUGCCAAGGUCACGGGUAUGCAGAUGGUGCACCUCGGGGAAGUGGGCGCGGAGGAGCUGUUGCGGCCGUACCGCGGAGUAGUGCCAUACCAUGCCGACGCUGUGCGGCAUUUCAAGUCCGGAAAUUGUAUGGCGCUAAGACUUGAGAAAGGAGAAGACGUCGUGGAGGAGUUCAGGGAGGCGUGUGGCCCGGCAGACCCGGAAGUGGCGAGAGCGCUGUAUCCACACACUCUGAGGGCUCUCCUUGGAGUGCAGCAGGCGACGAACGCUGUGCACUGCACUGAUCUGCCCGAGGAUGGCCUCCUGGAGUGCCAAUAUAUGUUUGGCAUUCUCGCGAAGGAACGUCAGGGGGCGUGAGACGAAGCGAUACACUCUGGCGUCACACGGGUUGCCAAUACUGGCGUGAUCGGGCGCUACCUUGGCCCUAACGCAGCCGAGACUCGCGUAAGGGCAUGCCAAAAGUAUAUGGGGGCAUUCCUCUCAAAGUAUGCCUAUCGCAGAGGCUCUCAAACUCGAGGGGGGUGGGGUACACAAACAGCAUGGUACGCGACACGAGAGUUGAUAUAAUAGCGUAUUGCGCUUCCCCUGCCCGUCUACUGGGUCUCCAUAUGGAUUCCAGUGCUUCUCAUACUUGAGGCCCAUUCCCUGCGCGAGGGAACCAUGACAGUAUUUUCAAAAUUUCAUGAUAAUGGGUUUGGUAUUUUGGUUGCAGCCCGAGUAGCGGAGACGGGGCAUGCGAUGGGCGUGGGUACCGGCUGGUGGGUCUCUUUUGU